UUUGUCGACACCCUACAAGUCUCGUAAACAUUACAACGAGUUCGUACUCGAUCUCUACCGUGCCGUAUGGGAGGAGACAGCCAAGCGAAUGCGCGAUGUUGAACCUUCUCAUAGUAGCGUCGAACCGACGACGUGGACCAGAUCCAUCCGUGAUCAGGUGCGCCAGAUGCUUACUGUCGACAUCGACAAGUUCGAUUCGUUCUGGCAUCGUUUGCGACGACCACCCCCUUCACUCCAGUACUCAGUACCUAUCCCAUACGUCCUCGCCUCCAAGAUCUUACGCUCAUCGUACGUUCUCCUCAUUGACGAAGUCCAACUCCAAGACGUCUCCAGCACGCUUCUUCUUUCAUAUGUCCUGAUAUGGUUACUGGCGCAUGGGCGGUGUCGUCGUUGGAACCUCGAACAAGGUUCCAGAGGAUCUCUACGUUAAUGGUGUUCAGCGAGAGAGGCUUGAUACAUUUGGCGGAGCGUUAAGGGCCCGAUGCGAGGUCGUCAACGUCGGGGAAGACGAGAACAAAGAUUGGCGAAUCCUGGGUGCUCAAACAGCAUCAGGGCUGAAAAUGUGGUUUCUCAGUACAGAGAAGGACGAGUUUGAAAAUGUUGUCGAUGCGCAGAUCGGCUUUUCGUCAUCUCGUAACCUUACCGUCUUUGGCCGUCAAUUUCAUGUUCCUCGCGUAUCAGCCCAAGGAGUUACGUGCAUGUUCUCGUUUCAGCAACUUUGCGAAGAGUCCCUUGGCCCAGCCAACUACCUUACACUGUCUUCCACGUUUCGCACCAUUAUCAUCACCGACAUACCCAUCAUCCGCCUGCCUUCCGGGAAGAAUCAGGCUAGGAGGUUUAUCAGUCUCGUCGAUGCUCUGUAUGAAGCUCGCUGCAGAGUGGUGUACAUGGAAGACGUACAACUGGACGAUCUCUUCCAAAUCGACGUUGAUCGCGGGACAGACAAUACGGACGUGAUGUUGGCAGAGUCUGUCAGCCUGGAGAAGUAUCGUCCAAAUGUGAUCUCAUACCGCCACUCAGAUGGCAGUGAGCGAGAAGAAACCCGAGCGCCACUGGAAACCUAGGGUAAAGACGUGGGAAGGAAGCAGUGUGGUAGCUGGUUAUGGAGGGGCAUAUCGUUCUAGCGGACCUCAGGCUGCUUCUGCUCUCCGGUUGAGCGAAAACAAUAUGUGGGGUGUUCUCGAGGACUGGGGAGGGGGUGGUAGAUGGGGCAAAGGCGUGAGU